AGUUUCACAGAAGGUGAAAGAGCUCGUUUGUGUUUCAAAUCAUCCACUCGGUUUGAGUUUUAAUCUCCAGCUGAGUCUCUUUUACUUCCUUUAACACGGCUCCAGUUUAAUCUGAACAGACGGUGGCGUUUUAAAGGGCUGUCUGUCUAACGUUAUUAUUACGGGAAAAAGCACUACUUUAGGACAUAAGUAAUGUUUAUGCUGCUAAUAUUAAUUGGAGAAUUCAUCUUAAAAUCUUCUUAAAGUGUCAGAAUAUUUCGUUAUUUUGUCUGGUUCAGAUUUGAGUAAAUUAACCAAAAGUUCUGCAUUCAAAGUGACGAUUUUAAACGCUUUUGUGUGUUACUAUUGUUUGAAUUAAGAUAUUUGUAUUUAUUUUUACUAACAUUAUUUCAGGAUUGUAAUUCCUCUUUGUACCUUUUGUAGUCAUUGCAGUUUUUUGUAGUUUUUAAACAGAAGAGGAAGUCCGUCUAAGGGAACUUAUAUCAUCCGGAGACAGUUCCCGUCGGAGCUAUUUUUAAGUUGAACGCUAACUUCCGGUACAGGACUAGUUUCACAGAAGGUGAAAGAGCUUGUUUUUGUUUAAAAUCUUCCUUCGUGUUGAGUUUUAAUCCAGAAACUUCUCCACGAGACUCUCUUUUACCACCAACAACACGGCGUCAGUUUGAUUCCGAACAGACGGUGGAGUUCAAAAAGCGGCCGUUGGUUAGUCUGUUAGCUCGCUAACAUUAGCACGCUAAGCUAACCGGCUAUCAGCGGCUCCCGGAGAGAACCAACCCGGAAUUUAUCGCUCAGAAUCGGACCCUUGAGUUGUAAAAACGCCUCUCGAACCGUGAUUAUUUUUUUUUUGCAUUACAUAGGUGUAUUUUGUUAGUUUGUUAGCUCGCUAACUUUAGCACGCUAAGCUAACCGGCUAUCAGCGGCUCUUCGAGAAAACCAACCCGAAAAAGAUCACUUAGAAUCGGACCCGUGAGUUGUAAAAACGCCCCUCGAACCCUGAUUUUUUUUUUUUCCUUGCAUUACGGAGAAGGUGGAUUUUUCAUGUGUGCACCGGGCCGGGUUUGGACUCUUUAAUGGGAGGCUCCUCGCUGCGGACGGGGAUCAGGCUGCUGCUGGAACCGGGGACCUGGCUGCUGUGUACCGGGUCCACAUGGAGCCUUUGGCCGGGUACGUGUUCAAGGCGGCCAGCGAAGGCCGGGUCCUGACGCUGGCCGCGCUGCUGCACAACCACCCGGAGGAGGAGGUGCGGUUCCUGCUGAGCCAUGUGACCCAGGUGGCCGGCCAGAGGUCCACUCCGCUCAUCAUCGCGGCCCGGAACGGACACGACAAGGUGGUCCGGCUGCUGGUGGAUCACUACCGGGUCAACACGGAGCAGACCGGCACCGUGCGGUUCGACGGCUACGUGAUCGACGGAGCGACGGCCCUGUGGUGCGCUGCGGGUGCCGGACACUUUGACGUGGUCCGCCUCCUCCUGAGCCACCGCGCCAACGUGAACCACACCACCAUCACCAACUCCACGCCUCUACGCGCCGCCUGCUUCGACGGACGCCUGGACAUCGUGCGCUUCCUGGUGGAGCACAACGCCGACAUCCGAAUCACCAACAAGUACAACAACACCUGCCUGAUGAUCGCCGCGUACAAAGGGCACGCUGAUGUCGUCCAGUUCCUGCUUGAACGCGGCGCCGAUCCCAACGCCAAGGCGCACUGUGGGGCGACUGCUUUGCAUUUCGCGGCAGAAGCGGGGCACCUUGAGAUCGUGAAGGAGUUGGUGCGAUGCCAUGCCAACAUGGUGGUGAACGGGCAUGGUAUGACUCCUCUGAAAGUAGCGGCGGAAAGUUGCAAAGCGGAGGUCGUGGAGUUGUUGCUGGAACACGCCGAUUGCGAUGCAAAGAGUCGCAUCGAAGCGUUGGAGCUACUCGGCGCUUCCUUUGCCAACGACCGCGAGAACUACGAUAUCCAGAGGACGUAUCACUACCUGCACAUGGCGAUGAUGGAGAGGCAUCGCCAUCCAAACAACGUUAUCGCGAAGGAGCUUCUUCCUGCCAUCGAGGCGUACGGUGGGCGAACCGAGUGUCGUACGAUGUCGGAUCUGGAAGCCAUCAGAGUGGAUCGAGAUGCGCUGCACAUGGAGGGUUUGAUGAUACGAGAGCGCGUUCUCGGCUCCGAUAACAUCGACGUGUCUCAUCCGAUCAUCUACCGCGGCGCCGUCUACGCCGACAACAUGGAGUUCGAGCAGUGCAUCAAACUGUGGCUUCACGCGUUGAGGUUGCGGCAGAAAGGCAACCGCAACACGCACAAAGACCUGCUUCGCUUCGCGCAGGUGUUCUCGCAGAUGGUGCAUCUGAAAGAGCGCGUUGUUGCGCCGAGCGUGGAGCAGGUGUUGAGUUGCAGCGUGCUGGAGAUCCAACGCAGCAUGGCGAGGGUUGAAACCGCCACCGAGGCAGAACUACCGUCGGCGCUGGACAACUACGAGUCCAACGUGUUCACCUUCCUGUACCUUGUCUGCAUUACUACGAAGACCAACUGUGGCGAGCAGGAUCGCGCGCGCAUCAACAAGCACAUCUACGACCUGAUCCAGAUGGACCCGCGUUCUCGUGACGGCGCGUCUUUGCUUCAUCUCGCCAUCAGCUCCAGCACGCCGGUGGACGACUUCCACACCAACGACGUGUGCAGUUUCCCGAGCGCUCAGGUCACGAAGCUGCUGCUGGAUUGCGGCGCGCCGGUGAACGCCGUGGACCACGAGGGAAACACGCCGCUGCACGUCAUCGUUCAGUACAACCGGCCAAUCAGCGACUUCCUCACGCUGCACGCCAUCAUCAUCAGCCUGGUGGAGGCGGGCGCGCACACCGACAUGACCAACAAGCAGAAGAAGACGCCGCUGGACAAAAGCACCACGGGCGUGUCGGAGAUCCUGCUGAAGACGCAGAUGAAGAUGAGUCUGAAGUGCCUGGCGGCGCGCGCGGUGCGGAGGCAUCGCAUCACGUACCGCAACCAGAUCCCCAAAACCCUGGAGGAGUUCGUGGAGUUCCACUGAGCUUUUUCUUCAGAGACUAUCGGUUUCUAACUGACACUGAGAACCAGAACCAGAACCAGGCGCCCACAAAGAGUUUUUAUUAAAACACGUCACUUUUUUCUAUUUUUAAGUAUUAAUCUCCAAGAAGCAGCUGAGAGGACGCUGCUGCGGGGUUUCUGCCUUAUCUGCCCGACGACAGCCGCCAUUUUCCUUUGAGAGGGUGAGAGAGUGUGACGGAGUGUGUGUGUGUGUGUGUGUGUGAGAGAGAGUGAGUGUCUACAGAGAAGCCAACAGACUCACCUGCGUUACUCAUGAUUUGAAAUUAUUUUUAAUGUGAAAAAAAAGUUGUCACUUGGUUUUUUAUUUUCUACUGAAACAACAACGAGGAGAGAGAAUGAUCUUAAUCAGCUUUUAGUUCAUGUUUUAUUAAAUGUUCUGCUUGUGACAUAAUCCUUCUCAUAUGAAAACUGUGUGUGUGUGUGUGUGUGGUCUUCAAAUGUCCAAAGAUAUUCACUUUAAUAAAACAAAGUACGAUACGGAGAGAAAAGCAGAUUGAAUUGUCUGAACGUUAGAAUACUUUUAUCGAGCGCGAAAGAUUACCAACAUCAUUUAUGAUUUUUUUUUUGUUGAGCUUCCUCGCUUCAGCUUCAGUAAUUCUGAGAUUUAAGUCUGACUUUUUUCCACUUAAACAGAUUUAAGUAUGUUUUGAAAUCCUAAAAGCAAUGCAGCAUUCCCAAGAGGAAGAGGAUGGCUUGAGAUGUAAAGAUACAUAUGAUUUGUUUGGUGGUUCUGAUCCCCCUCUUUCCUGGUAAUCAUGUCGUGAUUAAUCAGAUGUAUUUAUUUAGUUCUUUUCUGCUGGACGAGGUCACUAAAGAAAAAACAUCCAAACUGAAUGAGCAUCCCGUUUAAAGUGCAGUUUGGUGUGCACGUGCUUUUGGCCACAGAGUGCAUGUUUUCAGUGCUGUGCCACUUGAUGGAGACUCUGAGGAUGUUUGUGUGAGAGCUUUCAUGCUGAAGAUCUGAGGACGUCAGACUGAAUGUCCAAGAGAUGAAAUCCACAAGUUCAGAUAGAAAUAUCUGUUUUAUUUCCCGCUGUCGUCCUGAAGUGAAAACACAUGAUUGUAAUGUUCAGUUGUUCUGAUCCUGUGUCUGCAUCAUUAAUGAGGGGAAAUAUGACUUUGCAUUAUUGCUAUAAAAACAACUCAUUUUUAA